ACCGGUGGCCAGGAAAGCCUCUUGCGGGGAUCCUGGCGGCGGGGCUGCUGACCCCAGGGCGGAAGUGCAGCGCCCCCUUCCCCCUGCCCCAGAGCGCCCCAUGCCGACUGAGCGGGAGGCGGGGUGCGGGGGGGCAGCCCAAGGAGCAGACAGUCAUGCCCCCCACCCUCGGCCUGCACCCGGGGGUCGCCUCGCCCCCCUCCUCCUCCCCGCCCCGAAGUCCCUGGGCUGAGCCGGGAGGCUGCGGGCUCCCCCUUCUCUGCGCCCCGCAGGCCAAGGAUCCGGGACCCCCGCCCGGGCUGGUUCGCGUGGAGGCUGCCCGGCAGAGCCCUCUGAGCGCCCCGCCCGCCCCGAAGAUGAAUAAGGCGGCCACGGAGGUCUCCGAGAACAGCCACCACCUGAAGGUUUUCCUGCCCAAGAAGCUGGUGGAGAGCGUGCCCAAGUGCCCGGCCCUGCCCAAGGAGCGCCUGCGCUGGAACACCAACGAGGAGAUCGCUUCUUACCUGAUCACCUUUGAGAAACAUGAGGAAUGGCUCUCGGGCUCCCCCAAGACCAGACCCCAGAACGGCUCCCUCAUCCUGUACAACCGCAAGAAGGUGAAGUACCGGAAGGACGGCUACUGCUGGAAAAAGCGGAAGGACGGCAAGACCACGCGGGAGGACCACAUGAAGCUGAAAGUCAAAGGGGUGGAGUGUCUCUACGGCUGCUACGUCCAUUCGUCCAUCGUCCCCACAUUCCACCGGCGCUGCUAUUGGCUACUGCAGAACCCGGAUAUCGUCCUGGUCCACUACCUGAACGUGCCGGCCAUCGAGGACUGUGGGAAGAUCUGCAGCCCCAUCCUGUGCUCCAUCAACAGUGACCGGAAGGAGUGGCUGAAGUGGUCGAAGGAGGACCUGGUCGGCCAGCUGAAGCCCAUGUUUCAGGGGAUCAAGUGGAGUUGCAGCACCAGCACCAGCAACGGGAGCAGCCCGGCCGAAUUCUCCGUGGAGCAGCUGGUGCAGCAGAUCCUGGAGAGCCACCAGGCCAAGCCGGCCCCCCGGACCCACUCCUGCCUCUGCAGCGGCAGCAGCCUCGGGAGCCCCGGCCACGUCCCGCACAAAUGCAACAGCAUUAAGCACCGGAUCAUCUCCCCAAAGGUGGAGGUCCGCCCCUGCCCCUUCCCGGCCCUGACGGAAGUGCAGAAUAUCUCCGGCAGCCCCGAGGCCAGAGCCGAGCCGGAGCCGGUCAAGGGGCCUCUCCUGGACAGCAAAGGCCUCAAGCCCACCAAGACCGGCUCCCCCCCCAUGGCCGAUGCCCUCCCCGACUCCACGCAGCCCUCCCCUGCCCUGGCCCGGCCCAGCGGCUUCCCCAAGCAGGAGCGGCCCCCGGGCACCCUCUCCGUCAGCCUGCCCGGCAGCGCCAUCUUCGUCAUGGCCAGCCCGAGCAGGCCCGAGAAGCCGCUGGCCCUGACCCCCAGCCAGCACCUGGUCUCUGGAGAGGGGGGGGCGGUCCCCGUGGCACCCCUGGGCCUGGCCGUCUUGCCCGGCCUGGUCCUCUCGCAGAGCCUGGAGUCCGCCAUGGAGACCAACGAGGGGGCCUCGGACACCUUCGACCCCGACCGCUUCCUGAACAGCCCCAAGCAAGGACAGACGUACGGGGGCGGCCCGGGCCUCCAAGCCGAACCAGAACCCCCGGAGAAGGCCCCGGCCGCGGGCUACUCGCUCUACGUCUCCGCCAACCGCUUCUUCAUCCAGGACGACGCGGCCGGGCAGGGGCCCACUCCCCUCUCGGCCAGCCCCACGGUGGCGGAAGCCAAGAGCAGCACGGAGGCGCCCAUGGAGACGGCGGGCCAUGAAGGGGACUCCCGGGCCGAGGGGCUGCCUGGCGAAGGGGGUGGAGAGGCCGGGGGGGUGCCGGAGAUCUCCCCCAAGGAGCUGCAGGAGGAGCUGUACUCGGUCAUCCAGCGAGUGGCCGCGGCGGCCGCGGGAGGCCCCUUCGGCCUGUCCUUCGACAGCCACUUCCCAGACCUCCUGAGCGAGCUGAUGACGGAGGGCACAGCGGCCGACAGCGCAGGCAGCCCGAACGGCCCCAGUCCCGGGGCGGGGAGCCCGGAGCCGCUUCUGCCGGAGCCCCCGGGCGAGCCUUCCUACGCGGUGGAGGCCGCCUCGGGGGGUUCCGCUCAGCCCUUGGUCUCCAUCACCGACUUCUCCCCCGAGUGGUCCUACCCGGAGGGGGGCGUCAAGGUGCUGAUCACCGGGCCCUGGAUGGACGAUUCGGAGUCCUACAGCUGCCUCUUCGGCCAGGUCUCGGUCCCGGCUGCCCUCAUCCAGUCCGGGGUCCUGCGCUGCUAUUGCCCAGCCCACGAGGCGGGGCUGGUGCCGCUGCAAGUCGCCCGGGACUCCUGCCUGCUCUGCCCUUCCGUCCUCUUUGAGUACCGGGCCCGGAAUUUCCUGGCGUUGCCCAGCACCCAGCUGGACUGGCUCUCCUUGGACGAUAACCAGUUCAGGAUGUCCAUCCUUGAGCGCCUGGAGCAGAUGGAGAAGCGCGUAGCCGAGAUGGCCGCCUCUGCCUCCCACGGGCCCCAGCCCCAAGGGGAGAAGCCCCCCGGCCAGGCCGCCUCCGACUCCUUUGAGGAGCGCAUCGUGGCCGUCUGUGAGAAGAUGAUGCUCUCGCAGUCGUGGCUUCGCUCGGAGACCCUCGUGCACCACGUCAGCUUCCGAGGGAUGACCCUCCUGCACCUGGCGGCCGCCCAAGGCUACACCCGCCUCAUUGAGACCCUCAUCAAGUGGCGGAGUCUCAACGCCCAGAAUCUGGACUUGGAGCAAGAGGUGGAUCCCCUCAACGUGGAUCACUUCUCCUGCACCCCUUUGAUGUGGGCCUGCGCCCUCGGCCACUUGGAGGCAGCCCAGCUGCUCUACCGGUGGAACAGCCAAGCUCUGGCCAUCCCCGACUCUUUGGGCCGCCUGCCACUCACCGUGGCUCGUUCGCGGGGCCACGUCAAGCUGGCCACCUGCCUGGAAGAACUGCAGCACCAGGACGAGGCCCUCCCCGAACAUCUGGAGCCCUCGGCGGAUGUACCCGGGUCGGCCGGCAAGGCCUGCGUCGUCGGCCUCCAGCACCCCACGGAGGGGCUGCACGUCCCCUCCCCACUCUCAGCCAGCCCAGACACAGGGCUCAGCACAGCCAGCGGGGUCUCCUCCCCUUCGGAGCGCUCGGAAGGCUCCCUCUCCGUCACCUCGGCCUAUUCUAGCGGGUCAGCCCUCCGGGAGUCGCCGGCCUACAGCCCUGAAGCCGAGGGAGCCAUGGACGUCUGCCAGGGCUUGCCCCCUGGCAGCUUGGAGGGCUGGUACUUGCCGGAAGCCACCAGCCCUCCCGGCCUCCCGCCUGCCUCCUUCUUCCUCAACUAUGGCGAGGGGGCCACCAUGGGACCCCUGAGAGGCCCCGAAGCUCAGCUGGAGCCGGAGUUGCUGGCUUACGGGGAAAACGCCGAGAACGAGGAGCAGCUGCCGGAGACGGACGUCCUGCAGGUGGACGUGAUGACGCUGGCCAAGCAGAUCAUCGAGGCCACGCCGGAGCGCAUCAAGCAGGAGGAUUUUGGCUGUGCCGAGGCGCCUCUCCGCGAGCGGCCCAGCAACAUGGGCCUGAACGAGACCAUGUCCUGGCUGGCCAGCUACCUGGAGAACGUGGACCAGCUGCCCAGCCUGCCCCAACGCCGAGGUUUGGCCCCCUCGCCCCCCGGGCGCUCCUGCCUCAGCCCCCUGCAGUCCCCCCUGGCGGAGCUGUCCCUCGAGCGCCUCCCUCCGCCUCCCACCGCUGCCAGCUGGGCCGAGUUCCUCAACGCCUCGGGGAACGGGAAGAUGGAGAGCGACUUUGCCCUGCUGACCCUCUCCGACCACGAGCAGCGGGAGCUCUACGAGGCCGCCCGCAUCAUCCAGACGGCCUUCCGGAAGUACAAGGGCCGUCGGCUGAAGGAGCAGCAGGAGUUGGCGGCGGCUGUUAUCCAGAGGUGCUACCGGAAGUACAAGCAGUACGCCCUCUACAAGAAGAUGACGCAGGCGGCCAUCCUGAUCCAGAGCAAGUUCCGCAGCUACUACGAGCAGAAGAAGUUCCGGCAGAGCCGCCGGGCCGCCGUGCUGAUCCAGCAGUACUACCGCAGCUACAAGGAGUACGAGCGGCUGAAGCAGGGACACCGCACAUCGGCCGCCAUGCAGCAGAAGAUGAAGGGAACCUUCCUGACCAAGAAGCAGGAUCAGGCCGCUCGGAAGAUCAUGCGCUUCUUACGACGUUGUCGGCACAGGAUGAAGGAAAUGAAGCAGCGGCAGGAGAUGGAGGCGCCCCCACAGAAGCGUGGCGUGGCCACUUAGCCCGAAGAGGACGCCCGCAGAAGGAGGCAGAGGAGAAAUCCUGACCCCAGCCAAGCCCCCCGAAGGACUGGGGGGGGGGGGCUGGGGGGGGCACGGGUCUCCCCGCAGGAAGGAAGGACUGUGCAAUAGAACCACCCCCGGCUCAGGGCUUGGGCCCUUCCCGCCUGGGGAGCUCGCCUUCCGCCUGUGCCAAGGCGCCUGUGCCACGCAGGGGCUUUUCCGGGGGCCGGGGUCGUAGGGGGACGCCGCACCCCGGGCUCUGUAAGGGGGGGGGGUUCUUGGGGGGGGAGGGGCUUUCUGGAGGGCCUGCAGCAGCCCCCACUCGCAAGGGGUCGGGGUGGGGGGUGGGGAGACAAUCUCCUCCCAUGCACUUUUUGAGACCCCCGUCUUGUUUCCUUCUCCCCUCCCCAUAAGCUGAGCCAGGCUGGGAUUUGAAGAGGGUCCCCCCCCCACUCCAGCAGCCCCCCCCCCUUCCCCGUCCCUCUGUACAUACGUGUAUGAUAUGGGCAAAAGGUGGCCAGUGUGGCAUCUGUUUGCCAGUGGUUCCCAAACUUGGCAACUUUAAGACUUGUGGACUUCAACUCCCAGAAUUCUCCAGCCAGCAGAGC